UGCACCAGUCUGUUGUUUUUAGAAAACGCUGGUGUCCGUAGGAGUCUUUUGUGACACAUUGUUCUAAGAAAAUUAUUCGUCUAAUAUAAUGGGCGUUUGGAUAAUCUAGAUAUUCUUUGUGUAAUUUUACGGUGCAUCGAGAAAUUGGCGAGUACCCCAAAUACACCGACACUAAUUUCCAAGCCACCCUUAAGGAAUGAUACCACGUGACCAGAGCGGGGCGGUCGAACUACAAGCCAUUUUGGGGACGGUGUCAGUUUCCACUGAGCCACACCAGGCUACUGCAUUUUUCAAAGAGCCGAUUUUGGAGGCAAACUCAUCUGGAACGCAAAUCCACCGUUCGAAACGCACAGGCCAAAGUCUGAAAUCUUCGACAACCGAGAACAUUUUGCGCGCUUAAAGUGCACAUCAGUAAUAUAAUACGAAUUUUAGGCAUCUGAAAUGAUCCCUGGAUUGCCUUGCGCUCUUCGCAAUUGACAGCGUCUGCAGCUCUUUUCAAGAUGGCGGCUGAGCUCGUAUUCAUUUUCUGCUGAUCGCCUCCUAACUUUCAUUGUCUCUCCAUCGCAAGUCUUGCAGAUCGCUGGCUGAGUCUCCAGGACUCUUCCUUCCAUGACGAUGCAUCGAACGACCAGAAUUAAGAUAACUGAGCUGAAUCCUCAUCUCAUGUGCGUGUUGUGCGGUGGAUACUUCAUCGAUGCCACCACCAUCAUAGAAUGCCUCCAUUCAUUCUGUAAGAUGUGCAUCGUUCGUUAUUUGGACACCAGCAAGUACUGCCCAAUCUGUGAUGUGCCGGUGCAUAAAACCAAGCCUCUGCUCAAUAUCCGGUCUGAUAAAACCCUACAAGACAUUGUCUACAAGCUGGUCCCUGGUCUCUUCAAAAAUGAGAUGAAGAGGAGGAGAGACUUUUAUGCGGAGCACCCUUCUGUAGAUGCUUCCACAAGGUCUAAUGAAGAUCGAGGGGAGGUGGCAGAUGAGGAAAAGAGAAUCAUCACAGACGAUGAGAGCAUCAGCCUUUCCAUUCAGUUCUUUGACCACAACAAGGCUGAACAGAAUGACGUGGCAGUGGAAAACCAGAUUAAAGACCAGGUGAAUAAUAGGAGGUAUUUGCAGUGUCCGGCAGCCAUGACCGUCAUGCACCUGAGGAAGUUCCUCCGCAAUAAGAUGGACAUCCCUUCUAACUAUCAGGUUGAAGUGAUGUAUGAAGAAGAGCCACUGAAAGAUUACUACACAUUAAUGGACAUAGCUUACAUAUAUACAUGGAGAAGGAAUGGCCCUUUGCCGUUGAAGUACCGCGUUAGGCCUAGCUGUAAGAAGAUCAAGAUGAGCCACACGCAGCAAGAGGGCCAGAACAGCACUGGUCGGUCUGGUGAGAGCGACUCCGCCAGCGACAAGGCAUGUAGCCCUGCUGGCGUCCCGUCUACCUCUUCGCUGCCCAGUCCCGGCACUCCAGUUCCAUCUCCACAACCACACUUCUCCCACGUCUCCAAACCUGUCAACAGAGCCUCCACCUCGGCCUCUGCCACGACCAGACCCUUCCCCUUCGCCAACAAACCGCGGAAGGCCUCGCUGAAUGGCUCUUCGGCAUCUUCGGGAUGACGGGGCGGAACACACUGGCGAUAGCCAACUCCAGACCGCUCAGCUAAUAUCUUCAUGCCAAUGUAGUUCCAUUGUUGUAGACGCUCUCUUUUUGUUAACGUUGUUCUAAAUAUAUAUAUAUGUGUGUAUAUAUAUGUUUAAGGUAGUGGAAGGGAAGCAUUUCAAUAGGAACGUAGCGAGAGUGUCAUAUAACGUCUGUGAAAGGGACGUUGGCGACAUUACAAAGGUUAGACUGGGUGGUGAAUGAUGAACAUAACCGCCCUCCAAAGUUGCCUUUUUAUUUGAGAGAUGUGACUGAAGAAAGUCUUUAUAUAAUUUCAGUUUUUAAAUGUUUUUCUUUCCUCAAAUCAGACGUAUGUUUUGUCAAUAUUUUAAGUGUGUAUUUCAGGCGUUUCUCGUCAAAUAAAGCUUGCUCGGUAGGCUUUGUUGAUAGACUUGGAAACGGUUGCCUCUACAUUGUUUUUCUAUUGGCUUUUUGGAAACGUAUCACCAAGACACAAAUCCUUAUAAAACUAGGAAACGACUGUGGUAUUAUGCCCACGAUUUCGGGCAAAUACGAAAGAUAUAUGCGAAAGAUCUGCGUGUAUCCCGUGCUUUUAAUCUAGACCUUUUAUUUAAAACAAAACAUAUUUUGCUGCAAUGAAAUAGAUUUGCGUGUAUUUCCGAGACUCUAAAUCCUUGCAGCCACCAAACAGUUCAGAAAGUCCACAACACUCACCCAUGUAUAUAGCUAAAUAUAUGCAUAUUUAAUCAGCGAGCGAAUUCAAAUACUUUGUCCUGAACAGACCACAAUUUCAUGCUCGAUGACAAAUGUUUCGAUGUCUUCGGUGUUUUUUUUUUUGUUUGCGUAUUUGUAUCGCUCAAUUGUAUGGACAACUAUUGUAUUGUUACUGUUGCACAGUAUAAAAACAUCUAAAUAAAUCAUUUUACACUUA